AUGCACCCACCGGGCCAUCUCUCUAUCACGCGCUCCCACUCUCGCCCCUCUCACUCUUCCCCCCUCGCCCCUGCUCCGCCUCCACUGCCCUCUACCGCGCUAAACCCCUUCACUGGGAUCUGCCGCGCUAAACCCCGUCUCCCGCCGUCCCCCUCCCCCCCUCAGCUCCCCAAACUCCGCCCAGCCCAGUCCGCCAGCUUCCGUGGCGGCAUGGAGGUGGCGGGCCCGCGGCGGGCAGGCGUUCGGCGAGUGGAAGAGGGGGAUCGCGUGGUGGUGUACGAGGCGCGGGACGCCAUGCGCAUCGCCACCGUCACGCCCAGCCGCUCCCUGCAGAACCGGUCAGACCCACCGUGGCGCGCGAAGGGAGGGGGGAGGGGGGAAGGGGGGGAGGGGGGGGCGGGGUUGGGGGUGGUGACGCGCGGGAGGGUGGCACGCGGGAGGGUGGCGCGCGGGAGGGUGGUGCAAGGGAGGGUGGCGCGCGGGAGGUUGGUGCAAGGGAGGGUGGCGCGCGGAGUGUGGUGCAAGGGAGGAUGGCGAGCGGGAAGGUGGUGCAAGGGAGGGUGGCGCGCGGGAGGGUGGUGCAAGGGAGGGUGGCGCACGGGGGGUUGGCGUAUGUGGGGGUGGCGCACGUGGGGGUGGCGCACGUGGGGGUGGCGCACGUGGGGGUGGCGCAAGGGAGGGUGGUGCAGGAGCGGCGAGACAUGGCCGUGGGGCAAAGGGCAGUUGGCGGGGCCUGUCUUUGGAGUGUUCCGGCACAGCGAGUGGGUGGGGCAGCCGGUGGGGUCGCGGAUGCGGGCGGCCAAGGGAGGCGGCUUCGUGCACCUGCUUGCACCCUCGCCCGCCCUCUGGACCAAGGUGCUACCGCACCGCACGCAGAUCCUCUACCUGCCGGACAUCGCGCUCAUCAUCGCCCGCCUGGCUGUCACGCCCGGCGCCACCGUGCUGGAGAGCGGCACCGGCAGCGGCAGCCUGUCGCACUCCCUCGCCCGCGCCGUGGCGCCCACCGGCCGCCUGCUCUCCUUCGACUUCCACCACGCCCGUGCGGAGCAAGCCCGGGCGGAGUUUGAAGCCAAUGGCAUAGCGGGCGUGGCCAGUGUGCAGGUCAGGGACAUCCAGGGCCUCGGCUUUCCCCCUCACCUGCAUGCCUCCGCGCACGCCGCCUUCCUGGACCUGCCCUGCCCCUGGCUCGCCCUGCCCUCCGCCGCUGCGUGCCUGCUGCCGGGCGGGCGGCUGUGCUCCUUCUCGCCCUGCAUGGAGCAGGUGCAGCGCUGCUCCCAAGCCAUGCGCGCCCAUGGCCUCACCGACAUUCGCACUGUGGAGCUGCUCAGCCGAAGCUACGAGGUGCGGGAGGAAGUCCUCACCGUGCCAACCCUGAAGCGAGCCUCGGAAGCUCCGAGCCUUGAGCCGCCAGGGGAGGGAGAGAAUGGGAGGGCCAGCGAGGGCGACGGGGGCCACCAGAGCGACAACCGGGCAGCGAAGCGCCGUCGCGAGGAGGGGGGCGGUGAGGAGGACGGUGGGAUGGAGCAGAGCACCGUGGUGGAGGGGAGACAAGACGGUGGUGCGACGGGAGAGGCAGGGGCAGUGGGCAGAGGGAGGAGGGAGAUGGGCAGGCGACAGAGGAGGGUGGUGGAGAGCAUGGGCGAGGAGAGGAGGUACGUGGCAGCGAGGCCAGUGGCGGAGAGCAAGGGGCACACGGGGUACCUCACCUUCGCCAUCAAGCCCGUGUGA